GGGAAGGCGAAAGCGGAGGCACCCGGGAGUGCGCAGGCGCCUUGACGCGGAGCGGGGACAGCUCUGCCGGUCGAGUCCGCGGGGGCAACAUGGCGGCUUUUUCAGAGAUGGGUGUUAUGCCAGAGAUUGCUCAAGCUGUGGAAGAGAUGGACUGGCUUCUCCCCACAGAUAUCCAGGCAGAGUCUAUUCCAUUGAUUCUGGGAGGAGGCGAUGUCCUAAUGGCAGCAGAGACUGGGAGUGGGAAAACUGGUGCAUUCAGCAUCCCAGUUAUUCAGAUUGUGUAUGAAACUCUGAAGGACCAGCAGGAAGGGAAAAAAGGAAAAACAACUAUAAAAACUGGUGGAGGAGUGCUCAACAAAUGGCAAAUGAAUCCAUAUGACAGAGGAUCUGCAUUUGCUAUUGGAUCAGACGGCCUUUGCUGCCAAAGCAGGGAAGUAAAAGAAUGGCAUGGCUGCCGAUCCACUAGAGGCGUGACCAAAGGAAAAUAUUAUUAUGAAGUAUCUUGUCAUGACCAAGGAUUAUGCCGAAUUGGAUGGUCUUCCAUGCAGGCUUCAUUAGAUUUGGGCACGGACAAAUUUGGCUUUGGCUAUGGUGGAACUGGGAAGAAAUCCCAUAACAAGCAGUUUGAUAGCUAUGGGGAAGAAUUCACUAUGCAUGACACAAUAGGAUGCUAUCUAGAUAUGGAUAAAGGGCAAGUCGCAUUUUCCAAAAACGGAAAAGAACUUGGGCUUGCAUUUGAAAUCCCACCGCACCUCAAGAACCAAGCCCUCUUUGCAGCCUGUGUUCUAAAGAACGCAGAAUUAAAGUUCAAUUUUGGUGAAGAAGACUUUAAGUUUCCCCCUAAAGACGGUUAUGUUGCUCUUGCUAAAGCUCCUGAGACCAGUGUUUUGAAAUCCCAGCACGCAGGAGCUGCCCAGGUAGCACAAACAAAGAAUCUGCCAAAUGCUCCCAAAGCAUUGAUUGUGGAACCCUCAAGAGAGUUAGCUGAGCAGACCCUGAACAACGUGAAACAAUUCAAAAAAUAUGUUGAGAAUCCCAAACUAAGGGAACUCCUAAUUAUUGGUGGUGUUGCUGCAAGAGAGCAACUGUCUGUAUUAGAGCAAGGGGUAGAUAUUGUUGUGGGAACUCCUGGAAGACUGGAUGACCUUGUAUCAACUGGAAAAUUGACUUUAUCUCAAGUCAGGUUCCUGGUUCUCGAUGAAGCUGAUGGCCUCCUUAGCCAAGGUUAUUCAGAUUUCAUUCAUAGAAUUCAUUCUCAGAUUCCUCAAAUAACGUCUGAUGGAAAGAGGCUGCAGGUGAUUGUGUGUUCCGCAACUCUGCAUUCAUUUGAUGUGAAGAAAUUAUCCGAAAAGAUUAUGCACUUCCCCACUUGGGUAGAUUUGAAAGGAGAAGAUUCCGUUCCAGACACGGUCCAUCAUGUUGUUGUUCCUGUAAAUCCCAAAACUGAUAAACUUUGGGAAAGGCUUGGGAAAAAUCACAUCAAAACUGAUGAGGUGCAUGCAAAAGACAAUACAAGGCCUGGUGCUAAUUCUCCAGAGAUGUGGUCGGAAGCUAUUAAGAUCUUAAAAGGAGAAUACGCUGUUCGUGCAAUCAAGGAACACAAAAUGGAUCAAGCAAUAAUCUUCUGCAGGACCAAGAUAGAUUGUGAUAACAUGGAGCAAUACUUCAUGCAGCAAGGCGGAGGUCCAGAUAGGAAAGGACAUCAGUUCUCGUGCGUGUGUCUUCAUGGUGACAGAAAGCCUCAUGAGAGAAAACAGAAUUUGGAGCGCUUUAAGAAAGGUGACGUGAGAUUCUUGAUCUGCACUGAUGUAGCUGCUAGAGGAAUUGAUAUCAGCGGUGUUCCUUAUGUUAUCAAUGUCACACUUCCGGAUGAAAAACAGAACUAUGUUCAUCGGAUUGGCAGAGUGGGAAGAGCUGAACGCAUGGGUCUGGCUAUUUCCCUUGUGGCAACAGAGAAAGAAAAGGUUUGGUAUCAUUCGUGUCCCAGUCGUGGAAAAGGAUGUUAUAACACUAGGCUGAAGGAUGAAGGGGGGUGCACCAUUUGGUACAAUGAGAUGCAGCUGCUUGGUGAGAUAGAAGAGCAUCUGAAUUGUACCAUUUCCCAAGUUGAGCCAGACGUCAAGGUCCCAGUGGAUGAUUUCGACGGCAAAGUCACCUACGGGCAGAAAAGGACUGCUGGUGGUGGGUCUUAUAAAGGCCAUGUGGAUAUUUUGGCCCCUACAGUACAAGAAUUGGCUGCCCUUGAAAAGGAGGCUCAGACAUCUUUCUUGCAUCUUGGCUAUCUUCCUAAUCAGCUGUUUAGAACAUUUUGAUUUGUUUCUCAGCUACCUAGACAGAUGGACAGCAUCUGAUAGAUAUGCAGUAUUACUGUUGGUCUGUAGCACACACAGCUCUUUGGCAGUUCAAGAACUAAGCCUAUGAGAGAAUGAAUGGCUUAUGUUCAGUAUCUGUUUCAGGCAGAAAUGGAUUUUCGACCAGAUUCUCCCAGACCAGCAUCUAGAUCUGUCUAACGGGUCCACUCAGUCCACCAUCUGGAAUAAAGAAAUUUAUUGAAAAUCA